UGUGUCGGGAAGCGUAAUCUUUUCUUUCCGCGAACACGUUUUUCUCCCGAGAAAUACACGGAUGACACGGCGAGUUUAAUAUCAGGAGGUGCUCCCGGAUUCCCCAGCUGUCCGAAUCCAAGAUUUGGGUCCCUCCCUCCUCCCUCCCUCCCUCCCUCGCCAGGUGGCAGGCAGCAGGUCGCCAUGGAGAACUCGUCGGUGGCGUCCGCAUCCUCAGAGGCUGGCAGCACGCGCUCGCAGGAGAUCGAGGAGCUGGAGCGCUUCAUCGACAGCUACGUGCUGGAGUACCAGGUGCAAGGCCUGCUGGGAGAUAAGAACGAGACAGACCUGGACGGAGACAACAAGCCCAAGUCCCACAUCUCACAGUGGACAGAGGACUGCAAUGACAAGAAAGAUGGGAGUUGGUCAUCCUCACGGGGGAGGGGCUCCACCAAACCGGAUGAGUGGGACCACAGUAGUAAUAGCAGUACAGGGUCCAGGCCCAGCUCAGGUUCAAGGCCUGGUUCAGGCUCCAGGUCCGGUAGCAGAGGGAGGAACAACCAGUUCAGAGGGCCAGCCAAGGUACAGAACGGGAACAGAGAAGGGUCAUUUGACAUCCUGGGUACUGAUAUCUGGGCUGCUAACACCAUGGACUCUCAUGGGGGGGCGACGUGGGACCUCCAGCCUGAGAAGCUGGACUUCAGCCAGUUCCACAGGAAACCCUUCAGAGGAACACCAAAGCACCUACCGCACAUCGACAGAGAGGGGAUGAUGAAAGGCAAGUUUGAAGAUGAUGAUGGCAUCGACCUGAACGACAUGGAGAAGUUCCUGCCAGGCCUUACUGGUUUCCCUCCCCUGCCUAACGAAGCAGAGAUUGCACACACCAAAAAGCUCUUCCGACGCAGGAGGAACGACCGACGAGGCGUGCACCACAUCAUCCAGGACCAUCUAUGCCUAACCGUGCUGCUGCCGCCAGGGGGGAAACGACUAGUCAGUACCAGGAGACAGCAGCAGCAGAGACCUCCGGGUGGAGGAGGAGACAGGAAGACCCAGAAUCCUCAGCAGCAGUUGCCACAACAACAACAACAACCUCCAUCUCAACAACAACAACCGGUCCAUCAGCAACAGAAUGACCAGCAGCAGCAGCCCGGGCCGGGGGGUAAUGGUAGACAGCGUGGAGGUAGCCACGGGCAGCAGUUCCAGGGUCACGGCGGGCAGCGCCAGGGACCUCCCCACCACGGCUACAGCCAGAAUCGCCGCUGGCACCACAACCAGAAGGGGCAGGGAGUAGGACAGGGACCACAGGGGCAAGGGGGCCCGACAGGGGACAGAGACAGGGACAGGGGGCCAACCCCAAUGGGAGACAGGGACAGGGGGCCAACCCCAUUGGGAGACAGGGACAGGGGGCCAACCCCAAUGGGAGACAGGGACAGGGGGCCAACCCCAAUGGGAGACAGGGACAGGGGGCCAACCCCAAUGGGAGACAGGGACAGGGGGCCAACCCCAAUGGGAGACAGGGACAGGGGGCCAACCCCAAUGGGAGACAGGGACAGGGGGCCAACCCCAAUGGGAGACAGUUACAGGGGGGCAACCCCAACGGGAGACAGAGACAGGGACAGGGGGGCGGCACCACUCAGAAACACCAAAGAGACUGAGAAUGUGAAGGCAGAGGAGACCAGCACCAGGCUGGAGACAGAGAGCUCCAGGGGCCCCAGUGAGGGGAUUCCCAGCCAGCCUGGGGACCAGGAGAAGGGCCAGAGCCCGACGAGGAGUGACAAGCACAGGGACAGCCAGCUGGACGAGGGCCCUAAAGUCAGCCUGCUGCAGUCAUCCAAGGAAAGGCUGAGGAGGAGGCUAAAAGAAAAGGAGGAGGCUGUGGUGUCCCUGGUCGGGCCCCAGCAGAGCCGCAUGGACCGCUUGCUGGAGAUCCUGAACAGCAUGAGGAACAACAGAGCCGGGGUGGACGGCCAACUCAGCUCCUUCAUGGAAGAGGCCCAGAGUUCGGCCCAGUCAGAGGAGACCCUGGACCAGAUAGUCAGCACCAUCUACGGCAAGGCCCUCAGCGACAGGAGCUUUGCUGCUACCGCUGCCAGGCUCUGUGACAAGAUGGCCCUCUUUAUGGUGGAGGGGACCAAGUUUAGGUCACUGCUGCUCAAUAUGUUACAGAAGGACUUUUCUCGUCGGGUGGAGCUGCAGGCGUCUGACGUGGAGCGUUGGUUGGGAUUCAUCACCUUUCUGUGUGAGGUGUUUGGAACCAUGAGGUCCAGUGCUGGAGAACCGUUUAGGGUGUUGGUCUGUCCUAUAUACACCUGUCUCAGAGAGCUGCUGCAGUCUCCGGAGGUUAAGGAGGAUGCAGUCCUCUGCUGUUCUAUGGAGCUGCAGUCUACAGGUCGUCUCCUGGAGGAGCAGCUUCCAGAGAUGAUGACGGAGCUCCUUGCCACAGCCAGGGACAAGAUGCUGUGUCCGGCCGAGUCCCAGCUGACCCGCUCCCUCCUCAUGGAGGUCAUUGAGCUCCACGCCCACCACUGGACCCCUCUGGAGGCCCUCACCACACAGUACUACAACAGGACCAUUCAGAAGCUCACCACCACCUAGCCACCCAGACCCAGGCUCCAGGCCUAGACCCAGGCUCCAGGCCCAGACCCAGGCUCCAGGCCCAGACCCAGGCUCCAGGCCCAGACCCAGGCUCCAGGCCUAGACCCAGACCCAGGCUCCAGGCCUAGACCCAGGCUCCAGGCCCCAGACCCAGGCUCCAGGCCCAGGGCCCAGACCCAGGCUCCAGGCCUAGACCCAGACCCAGGCUCCAGGCCCCAGACCCAGGCUCUAGGCUCACAGGUCUUCAGGUCUCUCUUGAAAAAUACAUUUUAUCUCAAAAGACUUCCUGGUUAAAUAAAAGGUCCACUUGUCUGACACAGGGAGGCCUGAACUGGGUUGACGGCUAGGAGGCCGUCGGGGUUUAGGUUACGGUUUGGGGAUGGGACAAGUGGCAAGACGGACAGACGGACAGACUUGAAACCAUGCAUAAACAAGACAAACACUAAACACAGAACUAAAAAGACUGGCUGUGGCCAUGCUGCCUGCUCCAACGGUGGGGGUGUGGCUGUGGCCAUGCUGCCUGCUCCAACGGUGGGGGUGUGGCUGUGGCCAUGCUGCCUGCUCCAACGGUGGGGGUGUGGCUGUGGCCAUGCUGCCUGCUCCAACGGUGGGGGUGUGGCUGUGGCUAUUGAGAGGGGAGGAGAACAAAGAGUGGUGGUGAGGCGCGGAGAGGGAGGGGUUUGUGGGGGACAGGGUCGGGCAUCAGCCGCCUGUCUCUGGGGAACAGAGGGUCUCCUCAGAGGUUAAAAAGAGAAGGGGGUGUCCAGACGGACUUCAUUCUCUAUCUCUUUUGUGCUUGUGUGCCAACCACCCGCCCUCCUAUCUGUUUCUUUGUCCUCUGUCUCUCCUCCUCCUCUCAGCCCUAGACCGAGACCCCUUCCACCCCGGGGCCUGUGUGGCUGGCUGGCUGGGGGACCAUGCCUCCCUCUGGGGUGUCCCCUCCCCAGGCCUCCCUCUCUCCCCAGGCC